AUGUCUGGCAAAGAGGGCAUCGAUCCUGUCUCAGGCCAGUACGUCGUAGGCCCAGGGUCUGACAAGUCCGACGCAGAAGCCAAAGUAGCUACCUCGGUCAGUCCCGGUGCACUGGAAAGUCUGCGACAGCGAGUCGUAGGAGUCGAUACCACCUUUGAUCAGAGUGAAGACAUCCGCUACUACAAACCCAUUGAGUCUUAUGAGGGUUUCCACCGGUGGGAUCCCGACUUUGAAUGGGAGGAAUGGGAGGAAAAGAAGAUUGUGCGAAAGAUUGACCUGCGAAUCUGUACCUUUGCAUGUCUUACUUUCUUUGCUUUGCAGUUGGACCGAGGCAACCUGGUCCAGGCUACUUCGGACAACAUGUUGUCUGACUUGGGCUUGAGUACUAACGAUUACAAUACUGGGAAUACCAUUUUUUAUGUGUGCUUCCUCUUUGCCGAAUUGCCUUCGCAGCUCAUUUCAAAAAGAGUCGGACCGGACCGCUGGAUUCCCAUCCAAAUGGUUUGCUGGAGCUUGAUUGCUGCUUGUCAAGCUUUCCUCCAGGGUCGUGGGUCAUUUUUCACUUGCCGUGCUUUACUAGGCCUGUUUGAGGGAGGGUUCAUCCCCGACACCGUCCUAUUCUUGUCCUACUGGUACACCUCAAAAGAGCUCCCUUUUAGACUCACUUGGUUCUGGACGGCCUUUGAAUCGACGGCCAUUAUCGGCGCUUUCCUAGCCUAUGGCUUCCUCCACAUUCCCACCAGCAGCGGGACAGGACAGUGGCGAUAUCUCUUUGCUCUGGAAGGGCUUAUUACCGGCGUCAUUGGGAUUUUUGCCGCCUUUUAUAUGCCCCCAUCCCCAACACAAACCGCCGGACGGUUCCGGGGUAGGAAAGGCUGGUUCUCCGAGCGUGAGGAGAAGAUCAUGGUCAACCGAGUCAUUCGCGACGACCCCAGCAAGGGAACUAUGCACAACCGACAAGCCCUCACGCCGAAGCUGCUUCUGGAAGCCCUUUACGACUAUGACCUGUGGCCAAUCUACCUCAUUGGUCUUGUCUGGUUGAUACCUACAGCCCCGGCCACCAGCUACAUCAGCUUGGAGUUGAAAUCGCUUGGAUUCGGGACGUUUCAGACAAACUUGCUCACAAUCCCAGCAUAUGUCAUUUUCAUCAUUAACUUACAACUCUUCACCUGGCUCACGGAGCGGUUUAAUGACCGCAUGCUACUCGGUGCAGUCGCUGAGAUAUGGAACCUGGCUUUGCUGAUUGCGCUCGAAGUCCUCCCUGCAGAUGUGAGCGCAUGGUCAAGAUAUGUUUUGAUCAUUCUGAUCAUUGGAAGCCCGUACUUGCAUGCUGCCAUUGUGGCCAUGACUUCGAGAAAUGCUGGCUCCGUACGGACACGCACUGUCGCAUCAGCCAUGUACAAUAUGACGGUGCAGGCCAGCAAUAUCAUUGCGGGAAAUAUAUACCGAUCCAACGACGCACCCCUUUACCGCACUGGCAACAAAGUCCUCAUAGCCAUCACUUGUCUCAGUCUUGCAUUGUUCCUCUUUGCCAAAGUGUACUAUGAAACCAAGAACCGACGACGAGCCCGAAUUUGGGAUGCGAUGAGCAGCGAAGAGCGAGACGCAUAUCUCGCUUCUAAUACGCACUCUGGAAAUAAGAGUGGCUAUCUGCAGACUCGAUUUUAG